ACUUAGACACAUCAAUCAUAUCAAUGUCAAUCAAUCUAUAUCAUCAUAUCAUAAUCAUACUUAUCGAUAAUCAAUCUAUAUUUCAUUCAUCAAAUCAUUAACCAUACGAACCAUAUACUCUAAAUACAUCAGUUUACCCAUAUCGUCCAUUAACUAAUUAUAUCAAAAUAUCAAUUAAGCAUAGUAUGAUUAAAAUCUCGUCUUCAUCUAUUAAUAACUUGAAUCAUUCUAAAAAGGACCAUACCCAAUAUAGGGAGUUCUCUAACCUGUUUCAACUCAUGUCUUGUGUUGUGAGGUACGAGUCUCUUCUACACGAGGGAGAGAAUCGUAGGAGUGCCUCACAGGGAUCAUACUUUCCAAACUUAGACUAUACCAUCAAUCAUGUUGGCCACGAUGCCACUGAGGUUGAGGUAGACUUGGCUGAGAUAAUUCCAGGGAAGCCAUACGUAUGUGCUUCCUUGACUAAAGUUGAAGAUGGGCCGCAAGGGGGAAGACCCAAUCGUGCACUCAUUCAGCCGAGGAAGUACUCCUUUGAUGUCUCCAAGGCAGACUUGAUUUUUGAUCAACUUUACACGGAUGGUCAAAUCAAGUUGACAAGGGGGCAUGUCCUUCCCCCAUCGGAGAAGUUAAAAGGGAAGGAAUAUUGUAAGUGGCAUAACAGCAUAUCGUAUGCAACUAAUGCUUGUGUGGAUUUUCAUAACGUCUUACAGGAUGCCAUUAAAAAUGGGCGCAUCAAAUUCUUUGAGGAAAAGAAGGAUGUCAUGUUGGUGGACACUGAUCCACUCCCAAAUAUGCUCGGUGUCAACAUGGUCAACAUAGACUUCUCCAAGAUUGAGUUGCCAUGCUUCAAAUUGAUGUUGGACACAACUCCGAAUCAUAAGGGGAACUCUAAUGUGGUGUCCAACAAGCCACAUAACCUAAAGUGAUACUUGCUUGUGACAAGUAUGCUAACAUGGCUAAGUCUGUAAAGGGAGGCAGGCCACCCACCACAACAAGUGGAUGUGGGGGCAUAUCCAACAAGUCACUACGUGAGAAAUCCACAAAAAAUUAUUGUAGAUUUG